GCUGUUACCAGUGUUCAUACUACCUGUGAAAACAGGAGUGAUUCUCGCCAACCAAGCUAGUAUCAUUGCAGUAUUCGUGUACUUACAAUUCUGACAAGCUGUUUCAUAGACUUUGCUAUUGGUGUGCUAUACAGCAAUUGCCAAGACAUUCAGAUAGGCAGUGUGUGCAGGAGAAAAUAUUCUCUACUCCUUGAUACAGAAGAGGAAUAAAAUAGUCUCUGAACUCUUUCAAACUGUAGGAAUACACUGCUCUCUAAACUGAUUUAUUCCAAAUUUAUUACAAACAUGAAGGGAGUUAAAGAAAAUUAGAUAAUUAACAAGUGCGACAGUUAAUCGACGAGAAGCAUUAUCACAAUGAGCAGAUUACCAUCCGAUGGUACCAUGGCAAAAAAUGUCCACGCAUUAUACGUACAACAGCUCUAAACUGAACAAGGUUGUUUCACGAGAACUCGAGGAUAACCCAAAUAUACAUGACUACUUUAAAUUACAAGUGGCGCAACCACGGACAGACAUCACUGUGUCACAUGACCAAAAACACGAUGUGAUGCCCCCGGAAUCAGAUGAACAUCCUGAAGCGUAUUAUUUAUAUUUUAUCGCUGUGAGCGGUAUGCUCCUGAAUAUUUUUGUUGUUGGAGCAAUAUUUGUCCGCAAACCACUUCGCAAAAUGACAAGCGGAUUUAUGAUUCAUGCGUGUUUCUUGGAUUUUACCAAGUCUGCUUACUGCAUUCCCAUAGCUACAAAUCUUCUUAGCCAGUCCAGACCCUCCGACUGCAAUUUUUUCGGAGCUACUUUUGUGAUAUUAAUUACCAUUUCAGUGUUCAAUAUGGUCGCCAUGGUGUGCACGGAAGCUUAUACCUUCGGUGAGAAAAACAUUGGCGGCAAUUCCAAAGGAACCGUGAUCUGUGUUACAUUUGGAGUAGUUCUAGUUUACAUAGGUAGCAUAAUUCUUCAUCUGGGUCCAACACUUAUAGGCGGCCAUUUUGAAUUUCAACCUGACAUAGGAAGUUGUUCAUUCACAUUUGGUAAGCAGACGGGAUAUGUAGCACAUGUUAUGUGGGCUGUUAUAACAACAGUUGCCAUGUUAGCGGUCUUCCAUUUCAUUCAUAGACUGUACAGGGAAAUUCAAAUUAACCGACCAAACCGAGUUUCCUUUUUAGUCCGUACAUCAAUAACAGUGAUGGAUACUGCAACAAGCUCAGCAUGUCGUCUACGUAAAAUCAUUCGAGAUGCGACACAUCGUGCCAAAAUAUUCAUUCUUAACACCUUAGUAUUCAUUCUUUGUUGGUACCCGUACUUCCUCCUCAUUAUCAUAGAUAAAAAUUUUAAAGUGCCGCCAAAAGUUUAUCAACCAUUUGCCUUCAUCGCUUGGUCCCACGGCGCCAUUCAACCAAUCCUAUACAUUCUGUUUGACCGUAAUCUGAACUUACUAGCCAAAUACGUAUAUUGUGAUAAAAACAACUUUGAUAACAUUAUCCAACACAUGAUGCACCGUCAACGAAACCUUGACCAAACCAAUGCUAGACAUAGAACGAGUGCAACAGAUUCAGACAUGUUAGCGCCUAGUCCUUCACGAAUCAAUUCCGAUAACAGAUGCAGUAAUCUUGUAGAUAUCAUUCGUGAGCAUCAAGAAAUGUGUGUUGUUCAAAAUUCAUCCAACCAGAAUGUGCAUAAUCGUGUCAUCAACACUAACGUUAAUGUUGAAAUUUUGGAUUUAACCAAUCGGUUAAACCCGUGUUCAAAUAUACCACCCGAAGACCCACCAUAUCCCGAACCUAACGAUUUAAACGAAGGAUUUAAUAAUACUGUGGAAAACCCAACUUAUAUCAAUAGGGUAGAGAGUGCAGGUUUUUCUCCCCGAUCAACUGAGGAAUAUAUGUUUGAACGUCCACAUGUGAUAUAUAACAACGAGGACUAUACUGAAAAUAGUGAUGGUGGAAGUUUAAAUGAAGUCCAAUUUUGAUGUUUAAUGUUUAAUGGGUAAGAUAGUGUGAGAUCAUCAAUCAUUCAUCAUCAGAUAAUAUGUGAUCAUCAACCAUUUAUCAUCACUGAUCAUUAUUUGAUAUUUAAAUUCCCUGCUGAAAGAUGGCCAAUCAGAAUUUUUACAUGUCACAGGUCUGUUUGAAAAUGAACUAUUACAAUUUUUAUUACCUCUCUUUAUGCAACAAAAAAAGAUAGAUUAAAACUUAAUUUUGACGUUAAAAUCAGUUAAAAAACAUACCUUCAAGUACAGUUCAAUGCAGCAGCCUAAUCUAUGUCAAACUGAACAAAAAAAAAUUGUUGAAAUGAAAAGCUGGCUUAAAAACUGCCUCUAUAAAGGGAGGUAAUAAUAAAAUUUAAUAAAUGUCAAUAUUGCAGAAAGUUCUGGAAUUAAUUUGACUCCAGUAGUUUGUAAAUUAAAAUCUCAAACAGAAUGUUUGCAAAACGCAAAACAGAAAAAACUUUGCCUAAAUUGCCAUAGUAAACUAACUUUAAAUACUCAUGGUUUACACAAUGACUUCUGCAUUUUUUUUUUUUUUUGGUAAAAUGACUUUCAUAAAUUCAAAUUUUCCAAAUGACUCAAGUGCUAUAAAAUAUGUAAACUUUGUUUUUUUAUGCCAACUCUUCUUAACUAUAACCUGUUUAUUCUGAAGUUUUGUAAUUACCUCCCUUUAAUAUCUAACACUGGUAAUAUUCUAUAACUAACUUCCUUUCACAAAUUGAACAGACAAAAGUCAACUAUAUGAUGAGUUUCUUCUGCUUUGUAAACUUAUGAAAUUUCAUUACAAUGUUUUUCUUUGGAGCUGAAAGGUUUAAGUCGAACAUUUUUUCUUUCAGUAAAUAAUUCUGCUUAAAUGAGCCUGGUACUUUUUGUAAAGACAACUUGUUAUGCCAAAACUUCGUAUAAAACUUCUCCUCUUUUUUAUUUGUCACUAAUUUGCCAACUAACUGGUGCCUUUUCUUUCAUUUCCCAGAACAGGUUUAAUUUCAUGUCUUGAAAAGUUCAAAAUAUUAAUGUUAAUUUACGCCUCUGGUAAAUAUUCACUUAAGAUUGAAACGUCAAGUUGCAAAAAAAAAAAGGUUGUAAAAGUUUUUUUUAAAGUUGAAAAAAAAAAAAUUGUGAGUACUAAAUAGAGCAGUGAACUUCAUUUGUGAUAAUCAAGUAAUAUAGCAUUCCUGCCUUUUAUCAAAGAAAAACAAAAUUAUUAUCUACACCUCCAUUAAUACUAAUUUUCAUUAAUGCAUAGUCAAGGAAAACAACAGAAAAAAGCAACAUGUUCUUAAAAAACAAAGCCUGAGGAGAUUUAUCAAUAAAACCACUUUCCUCCCACACAAGUUUUACAUUCAUACUGCUAGUUAACCAAUCACUUUCAAAUUGAUAAUAAUACAUACACUUAAUCUGAUUGGUAUUUAAAACGUUCAUUCGUCACUUGCCAGGAAAGAAGUCAUUAUUAACCUUUACCCUGCUAAACCUAAAUGGACUGGUCCAUCAUCCAAUUUUGGCGGUACCACUUAUUGUCCAAAGGGGUGUUCACUGAAAAUUUACUGACUGAAUUGCAGGCUGAUUUUGGUCUGCACUGGUCGCAGACAAAAUCACUAAAUUAUUGUUGCCGCUAGCAGGCUAAAGGUUAAAAGAACCCUGGGUACAGUUAAGGUAUGAAAUCUACCUGACAUAUUAAUCCCUGUACACACAAAAAAAAACUUUGAUGAAAUGCAAAAGAUGAACUGAUUUUCCUACACCUUAAUGAAGAAAAAUAAGGCAGUAUCAUAAAGAAAUAAUUGUCAUAAUUACUAUACUCAAGAAAAACAAUUUGCACAGAAAAACAGCCUCAUUCCGCAAAAAGUAAGUGAGAAGAUAUUAACAUCAGAAAAAUCACUUGUCUCUGGUCGCAAGUGUUACAUUAAUGCUUUAAGUGGUUCAAUCAAUUUGAUAAUAUUACUGAAUACUUGGGCAUACUUCAGGUGCUCUACCUCUCCUGCAGUCAUUGAUGGUACUCUUGCAUGUAUGAAAGCUAUCGUUCUGUGGACUUGAUUAUGUAUCCCAUUUUUACCCGGUACACUGCUCUUGCCCGAUUUGUACUCAUUUCAGUCCGGCUAGUUGUGCGCAAAUCAAUUUGUUACAUAUGCAGGACAGGUCGAGAAGUCCAAUCGAAACAUUAUGGCACAUUUCGGUGUACUGAUCACAUGACUGGGAUAGCCCAGUGCCAUAUGAACGUAGCCCAACUAAUACAAGUAUUGAAGAAAAACAACACAGAUUCAAUAAAAAAAGUGUAUAAUUCAGAAAAACAACAGGUACAGAAGAACACCUCAUUAUGCGAGAAGAAAGUGAGAUGGAAUUGGUACCAUCAGUCAAAUCACUUAUCGCCCCACACAAGUGUUAUAUUAGUGGCAAUAAGUGGUCCAAUCACUUUGAUAAUGUAACAAGCACUUAAUACGCUUACAAUAUUGGCACCUCUUACGGUGUAAUAAAAGUCUGGUACAGAAACCACCUGACAAUAUCCAGAACGUGAAACAACACUGAUCAUAAUGUUUUAGCCGCUAAAUCUAGUCACUCGCUAAGCAUAGAGUUGCAAAACAAACCUGCAGCCGCAAGCUAAACUUACAGGCAUGCACUUAACCUAUGGUCACUCACUAAAGCUAGAGUCGCAUCAUAAACCUCAACAGUCACUCAAUAUACCUUAAUGGCUAGCUCCAUAUUAUGAGCAAAAAAAUAAGAAAAAACAUCAAAUCAUAGAAAGAAAGAGUUGUCUUACAUGAAAACUGAACAGCAUAUAAAACACGUAUAAUUUACUCUAUAAAACAAUUGUCAGUUUACUGAUCUAUGCAUUGAAUUCCAGAAAAGGGCUGCAAAAAAAGAGUCACGCUUUCGGAGAGUUAAAUGCCUUUAAAACUCACCAUUUGCAAAGAACUCACUGCAGUUACACAUCUUUGUUUUGAUGCAUUAGCAAUAAUGUCUCAGUGCUGAAAAUUCACAUAACUAGGUUUAAUGUAGUUUUCAGUAAUUGUUUACAUUUAUCUCUUUACAAAUGGCACUCUUUUUAAAAGGGGGACAACUUUUUGAGAAUAUUUUAAGUAUCCAGUCAUUGGAACAAUACUUGUAUGAUAAAACAUGUUCUGGACAGGUUAACUGCUGG